AUGAUAUUCCUUGAAUUUCUCUUUCUCGCAACGGCCGGUCUCGUUGCGGCCUCCCCUCACUCCCACGGCAGGGUCAUCCGAGCACGGGACUUGCAAAUAACAGACCAAGAUGUGGAAAACUUCAAGUUCUACGCGCAAUGGGCUGGCUCAGCGUAUUGUAAUGACGAUUCCCAGGCGGGUGAGAGCGUUGUCUGCUCGUUUGACGUCUGUCCGAAUGUAGAGAGCCACAAUGCAACGGUAAUCUCAAGUUUUCGUGACAAGACUUUUACAAGUCUGGAAGGCUUCAUAGGCCGCGAUCCUGUCCGCUCGGAAAUUGUUCUCGCCAUCCGCGGCAGCGAAUCGAUCCGCAACUGGAUCGCAGAUUUGACACUCAGCAAAACUUCGUGCUCCGACACUGGGCUACCUGUAUCUGAUUGCGAAGUGCACAGCGGCUUCAACCGCGCAUGGGAAGAUAUCUCGGAAGAUGUUUACGAGUCUAUCUGGUCCGCGUUUCAGACCUACCCCAACCACACCCUCGUCGUGACCGGACAUUCCCUUGGGGCGGCUGUCGGGACAAUUGCGGCGGCUCACCUGAGGGAAGCCGGCUACCCCUGCGACCUCUACACAUUUGGCAGCCCCAGGGUCGGUGAUGAGGGGUUUGUCCAAUUCAUAGCCUCGCAAGACGGGCGCGAGUACCGGGUGACCCAUUCAGUUGAUCCUGUCCCCAGGACGCCACCCAUUGAAGAGCCGUUUGACGGCUUCUUUGGGAGCUUUGGAGGUGGAUACAGACACACCAGUCCUGAAUAUUGGCUCAAUGUCGACGCUGGAGCAUAUGCUGCAGCUUCUUCGGUGACCAAGGAUAACAUCAUACUUUGCGAAGGUACCGAUAACGAGGAUUGUAAUGGGGGCACUGAUGGAUUCAGCAUUUCGGCUCACAGGUAUUACUUUCGUAACAUCUCCGCCUGUGCUCCUGGUUUUCAGGUGUGA